GUCAGUGCGUCUGAUGCUCGAGUCGGAGUCACGUCUCUGUGGAUAAUCUCAUCGAGCUGUUCUUCUGAAUACAUCGAUAUGAAGGCGCUAAGAAGGCUGCUGCUGUUGGUCUUUGGUCACGGUGUGUCCUCAGUGCUUCACUCUCUGCAGUAUUUCUACACGGGGUCGUCUGGACUCUCAACCUUCCCAGAAUUUUUUGCUGUUGGGACGGUGGAUGGAGUUCAGUUUGAGUACUAUGACAGCAACACCCAGAGAAUAGUGCUCAAACAGGACUGGAUGGAGCAGUACACCAGAGAUCACCCCAACAUCCUGGAGGCGGAAACUGGAAACUAUCUGGGUUACCAGCAGACCUUUCAAGCCGACAUAGGGAUUCUGAAGAAGAUCUUUAACCAGACAGGAGGUACCCACUUAUAUCAGUACAUGUAUGGUUGUGAGUGGGAUGAUGAUGAUGGUUCUACUGAUGGUUAUAACCAGUAUGGUUAUGAUGGAGAGGACUACAUAGCGUUGGACCUGGAGACCCUGACCUGGGUCGCUGCUGUACCUCAGGCUGUCCCCACCACACAGAGUUGGGAUCAGGAUGAAGCUAGAUUACAAUACUGGACAUACUACCACACCAAGGAGUGUGAUUAUUGGCUGAAGAAGUACCUGUCCUAUGGGAAGAGCACUCUGCAGAGAACAGAUCGUCCGCGGGUGUCUCUGCUCCAGAGGAGCCCCUCCUCCCCAGUGGUGUGCCAUGCUACAGGCUUCUACCCUGACAGGGUGGUGGUGUUCUGGAGGAGAGACGGCCAGGAGCUCCAUGAGCAGGUGGACCCCGGGGAGGUCCUCCCCAACCACGACGGGACCUUCCAGGUCAGCGUGGACCUCAACCUCAAGGCCGUCCCACAGGAGGACUGGGGGACGUACGAGUGUGUGGUCCAGCUGAGAGGCAUCGAGGAGAUCUCCACCCCCCUGGACCCCGCCCUCAUCAGGACCAACUGGGAGGACCAGAGUGGCCUCACCAUCCCCAUCAUCAUUGGGUUCGUUGUUCUCCUCCUCGCUGCUGCUGCUGCUGCUGUUGGAGUCCUUCUGUACAAGAAGAGGAACGAUUCAGACAAGCGACACAAACCAGUUGGUUCUGACACCAGCUCUGAGAACACUGAGGGGCAGAAUCCGGCUCCUGAGGCCCAACCUCUGACCACAAAACAAUAAAUGUCCAGUGCCAACGCCAUGCAGUCCCCCAUCGUCUGAGUUCGACACAACGCAGGCAAGGCCGCCUUAAUACACGGGCUUACCUGGGCUGAAGCCCUAGGGCCUACGACGAUCAGGGGUCUAUCAUGUAACCUGACUCUCGCCAGAUCAACUUCGAUCCACCUCUCCGCUCAUCCAUCUGGGAUCGCUCCCGUUGGGCGGGAUUUGGAGACCAGAUCGAAUGGUAGAGCCAAUCAAGACCGCCAGGCGGGAUUUUUAUAGAUGUGACCAGCGGCGUGGCGUGGGGAUUUAUUUUGAGGCAUGAAUGAGACAAAACCUUCUACUAAAACCUUCAAUCUACAUGCUUUUUUGAAGUAGGGGGACAGAAAAGAGUAUGUCGCAGCUUGUAUCUAUUAAAUGUAACUACAAGAGCUAUUUGAUCGCCUGGUCAUUUUACUAGGAUACAGGCCUACUUGUUUAUGGUGAUGGUUUAGUGUAUAGUGUGUCUAUGUACAUGGAUAGUAGUUUAAUAAUAUAAUAGUUUGAAAGUGUACCCUUCAUUUUUAGUUUUGUUUAGCUGCAAAAACCAUCGUUUUUAAAGUCUAAAGUUAAGAUGUUCUAAAUUAAAGGGGGUUAAUGUGGAGGUGGUGAACGCUGCAAGAACAUACUCUUUGAUAAGUUACUUGACCGAACAUUUUGUGUAUGGUAAGUGGCAAGUAUGAUAACAGAAUGAAAAAGCAGACAUUUAUUUUUUAGCGUAGCGUUUUUGUUUCUGCAUUACAUGAGUCAGCUUGGUCUGUUCUGAGUACAAUAAAAACAAUAAAAGAG